UCGACAAUGGGGAGGUGCAAAACAAGCUAGAUUCAGAGAUGCAGAAACUCGGAGACUCUGAAGCUUGAGUAAGACAGACCGUCUCUCAUGCGGUGUCCACCGUGGGCACGUGUGAUGCGGAGCUUUCUAUCUCUCGUGCGCUGCUACUUUUAGAAAAUAAUGGAUCACAAUUCCAUUUGACUGUGAACAGGCGACCCCAAGUAGAAUGCUGAGAGGCCACCGCAGUUUCGCGAAAAAUUAUGACCGGAUGGAGUGCGCGUCUUCUGGAGGUGCUUCCUUGGCGCAACUUCCUAAGAACAUAAGUAAAGAGUCUCUCCCACCAACAUGAGUUGGAGCUUUCUCACUCGACUACUGGAGGAAAUCCACAACCACUCCACGUUUGUGGGGAAAGUUUGGCUGACUGUCUUAAUCAUUUUCCGGAUCGUUCUGACUGCAGUGGGUGGUGAAUCAAUCUACUCAGAUGAGCAGACAAAGUUCACCUGCAACACUAAGCAGCCCGGCUGUGACAACGUAUGCUAUGAUUCCUUUGCUCCACUCUCACAUGUUCGGUUCUGGGUGUUCCAGAUAAUCAUGAUAUCCACCCCCUCGGUCAUGUAUCUGGGUUAUGCCAUUCAUAAGAUCGCCCGUACCUCGGAGGAGGAAUGGUGCAAGAGACAGAUUUAUCAAAAGAGGAGCCGCCACAGUCAGUGGAGAAAUGGACACCACCUAGCGGAGGUCUGUGGAAAUGUAGAAGAGGAGGAGGAGGAUGCAGAGCCAAUGAUCUAUGAAGAAGACACUUUGGAUGUGCAGGAAGUCAAACCAGAGACAGACAAGGGCAAAGGCCAAGAUCCAGUGAAGCAUGAUGGUCGCCGUAGGAUAAUGCAAGAAGGCUUGAUGAGAAUGUAUGUGCUUCAGCUUAUAUCCCGUGCCAUCUUUGAGGUGGGAUUCCUCACGGGUCAGUAUCUUCUUUAUGGCUUCCGUGUUAACCCUUCAUAUGUCUGCAACAAGAUCCCAUGUCCGCACAGAGUAGACUGCUUCGUUUCACGACCCACUGAGAAGACCAUCUUUUUACUCAUCAUGUAUGUGGUGAGCUGUCUUUGUCUGCUGCUCAAUGUUUGUGAGAUGUUCCACUUGGGGAUUGGUGCCUUCCGUGACAUUCUGCGUAAACGUCGAAGCCAGGACCAACGACCUUCCUACUGCUACCCUUACUCCAGGAACAUUUCUAGUUCUCCACCAGGGUACAACCUUGUGGUUAAAUCUGACAAACCAGGUCGCAUUCCCAACAGCAUAAUUUUACAUGACCAGAACAUGGCUAGAGUGGUUCCAGAACAGCAUUGCACAAGUCCUGAUGAGAAUAUUCCAUCUGACCUGGCUACCUUGCACCACCAUUUACGAGUAGCUCAGGAACAACUUGACAUGGCGUUUCAGACAUACAACACAAAAAACGCUCAUAUUUCCAGAACUAGCAGCCCUAUAUCUGGUGGCACAAUGACUGAGCAGAACCGGGUCAAUACAGCUCAGGAGAAACAGGGUGCACGACCUAAAGCAAGCACUGAGAGGGCAGGGACAAUAAUAAAAAAUGGGAAGACAUCUGUGUGGAUUUAAUGGCAUACUCUUACCUGACUAGUUGAACCAUUAUCCACAGAAAACAUUUUGCCCCCGCUAAUGCAAACUACAGUUAGUGAGGGGAUGAUUGAGCAUCAUGUCCCCUGGUUCUAUUGAACAAUAAAUAAAAAUAAAUAUACUGUAGAAGGGUAGUAUUCAUUUUUAUUCAUUUCUUUCUUUACAAUGUUGUAGUGUCCCCCCUUUCUGUGAGUAAUUCUUAAUGUGCUUUUAAUUAAUGCUACAUAUAUUAAGUGCUAAGUUUCUCUAAAUUCCAAUGCAUGCAAGUGUAUUAAUAAUUUUUAAUGGAUCAUUGAUUAAAUUAAACUGUAUAAGAACCCCUAUGUAUCUACUCCAUUCAAAUAGUCUCUUAGCUGUACUCACAGCUGUAAGACAUAGCUGUAAGCUGUAAUACUCAUAGCUGUGAGACACAUGUUCUUCUAUUUAUGUUCUCCUACUGUUAUUGGUCUCUGGCUCUGUUCCAAACCCAAACGAGCCGCCCUCCUAGCCCUAAGUUUUAAGGUAUUUGCAUGCUGGCAAAGGCUGUUCCAGUCAGUAAGCAACAAGACUAUGCUCCUUUAUAAAAUUCCUAAAUUAGCAACAGCAUCACAUGUAUACUUUGUGGAUAAAGCAAUCCCUGAAUGCACUAUAAAUAUACUUGCUGUGCAUAUAAUAAAAAAAUGUAUUAAUUAAAAUGGUUAUCUUAUUAAAAAUGCACUUUCACACAAGUGUCUGUGCUAUG